AUUAAAACGGUUUCUUCGGCUGAAAUGCCAGCGCAAAACGCGGCCGAACGGAUGGCUGGAACAACAAGCAGGAAGAACGGUAGCGUCAAUUACACAAGAGCGAGAGGAGCAGUAUGCAUUCAGAGCAGGGAAGUUGAGGCAAGCAGUAGGGAGCAUGCAGCCUUGAUGUGCCUUCUGGAAUCUUGAGUUCCUUCAGGCCGAAGUUUUACUCGCACGUGACGAGAACACGAGAGGAGAGAACAAGAGAGGCCAUUGUUAGUCUCCAGUCGCUCCGGUCGAUCCGUUCUUCCUCGCGGGGUUAUGGCCGGCGGGCCAGCAGCAGCAGCAGCAGCAGCAACAGCAGCAACCGUUACUGCGACAGCCGCAGAGGAGAGAGAGCGUUUCUCCGAAAAUCAUAGACUAAGAACCCGUUCUAGCGCGAAAGUCAGCGCGAGCGAGUUGCGAGACGAAACGGGCGAAGAAACGGCCCGUGAAGAAACGACGACGGUCCCUGCCUCUUUCGGGCCUCUGGAGGAGCCUCUGCUUCGGCAUUCCCAGGGAUUCAGUAGCACGGGAGGGCAGCGGCGAGAGCAGCCGCGCGGAGACGGUCUCGGAGGGCUCUUGCCGACGCUGCUGUGGUGCUGCUUCGCGUGCCUUGGCGCCUUCUCGUUCGGAUAUGCGGUGGGCUACACCUCCCCCGCCCUCGCCUCUCUCUCCGCGGACCUGCGCCUGCCCCCCGCGCUCGCCUCGCUCUUCUCCUCGCUUAUCACAGUGGGCGCAAUGCUGGGGGCGGUGAUGGCGGGGGGAUUGGCGGAAGGGGUGGGGCGCAGGGGGGCGCUGGCGCUGGCAGCACUGCUGCUGGCGGUGGGAUGGGGAGGAAUAGCCUUGGCCCAGUCUCUGCCUCUCCUCCUCUCUGCUCGGGUCGUCAAUGGCCUGGGUGUGGGCCUUGCCUCCUUUGUGGUGCCCGUGUACAUAGCGGAGGUGGCCCCGCACGCGUGGAGGGGCGCGUUGGGCAGUCUGAACCAGCUGGCCAUCACAGUAGGCAUGCUGGGGGUAUACUCCGCCGGCCUUGCAUUCUCUUGGAGACAACUGGCUGCUCUUGGAGCGCUACCAGCUGUCGCUCUUCUAUUGGGCGUGGCGGUGGCGCCGGAGAGCCCGAGGUGGCUGGCACGGAAGGGAGCAGGGAGAGGGGCGGUGCUUGGGGUGCUGCUGCGAUUGAGGGGGGUGUGCCGUGCUGGUGGUAGCAGCGGUGUUGCUGCUUCUGUUUCUGCUGCUGCUGCUGCUGAGUCUGCUGCUGCUGCUGAGUCUGCUGCUGCUGCCGAGUCUGCUGCUGCUGCUGAGUCUGCUGCUGCGGCUGCGGCUGCUGUAUUGACUGAAUGUGAAGUGAUAAUGCAAGGAGUGCAGCAUGAGCAGGGAGAGGAGAGCGGAGGACAUCUCAGGAGGGAGAGUGAGCGGGAACUUGAUAGUGAGAGAGGGGUGGAAUGUGGUAGGGUGGGAGUGGAGGGAGUGGAGGAUGGUGGUAAGGGCAGCACCGGGGUCAAGGGCAUGUGGGGCACGGCACAAGAGCUGCUAUUCGGCCAUGCCAGCAAGCCGUUUGGGCUGUGCGUGGGGCUGAUGGUGCUGCAGCAGUGUGCGGGCAUCAACGCCAUUGUCUUCUUUGCCGCGGCCAUCUUCAGCAACGCUGGCUUCACUGACCCCAACCUCCCCAGCUUUGGCAUCGCUGCCGUGCAGGUCAUUUUCACGCUCUUCUCAGCUCUUCUCCUGGACAGGGCCGGCCGCCGCUUGCUCCUUCUCCUCUCCUCCUCCGGCAUGUCUCUCGCCUGCCUCCUCCUCGGCCUUGCUUUCUACAUCCCUCACGCGCACCUCCCCUUCCUCCCCGCCUCCUCCGCCCCCCUCCUUGCCUUCUCCGGCUGCAUGGCGUACAUUGUCUUCUUCUCCUUGGGCAUGGGCGGCAUCCCUUGGAUUAUCAUGUCCGAGCUGCCAGCUGUCCCCUUGUCUUGUUCCUCUGCUCACACCCUCCUGCAGAUCAUUCCAGCGCACAUGCGGUCGUUAGCCGGCAGCCUUGUGGUGCUCUGCAACUGGUCGCUCUGCUUCCUCAUCACACAGACCUUCGCCUCGCUCUUCGCCUGGAGCUCCUACGGAACGGUGUGGCUGUAUGGAUCAGUGGCUGCAGUGGGAGUGGUGUUCAUAUGGACAUGCGUUCCAGAGACCAAGGGCAGGACGCUAGAAGAGAUCGAGGCAUUCUUCAGACCCAACUUCAAUCCAUAACCAUGUGUGUAGUGGAUACUGUGUUAGAAAGCUAUACUAAAUGGCUCUGUAAUAAAUUUCACAUACACAG